UUUUUUUUUUUUUAGGUUUGAGGUGUAGCUGUGCAGAGCGGAAUCGCUCAUACCUGGCAACACCGAGGGUCGAUUCAAUGAGCCAAGAUGGCAGAUUUCGAAGAGCUCACUGAUGAAGAGAAGGUCUGUAUUGCAGCCAGUUUUGUGAUCCAUGCCCCUCCAGGAGAGUUCAACGAAGUCUUCAAUGAUGUGCGAAUACUGCUCAACAAUGAUGAUCUUCUCAGAGAGGGCGCUGCUCAUGCCUUUGCCCAGUAUAACAUGGAUCAGUUCACCCUUGCCAAAAUGGAUGGAUCUGAAGAUCAGGUCCUGAUAACAGAGCAUGGAGACCUGGGCAACGGGCGAUUCUUUGACCCUCACAGAAAGGUUUCCUUCAAGUUUGACCAUUUGAGGAAGGAAGCCAGCGACCCGCAGCCCCAUGAAGGAGAGGCUGCCCUCCGGUCAUGGAGAGAUGCCUGUGAUGCUGCCUUGAGGGAGUACGUUAAGGAGCACUACCCCACUGGAGUCUGCACUGUAUAUGGAAAAACAAUCGAUGGCCAGCAGACCAUUAUCGCAUGUAUUGAGGGUCAUCAGUUUCAGCCUAAAAACUUCUGGAAUGGUCGCUGUCGCUCUGAGUGGAGGUUUAGCGUUUCUCAGCCAACGGCUCAAGUGGUUGGAGUCUUGAAAAUACAGGUACAUUAUUAUGAGGAUGGAAAUGUGCAGCUCGUCAGCCAUAAAGACAUACAGGAAGCUUUGACUGUAUCUAAUGAGAGUAACACUGCAAAGGAGUUUGUGAAAAUUAUUGAAGAUGCAGAGAAUGAGUAUCAGACGGCCAUCAGCGAGAACUACCAGACGAUGUCAGACACCACGUUCAAAGCCUUACGCAGACAGCUCCCAGUUACCCGCACUAAGAUCGACUGGAACAAGAUCCUCAGUUACAAGAUUGGCAAAGAAAUGCAAAGCGCUUAGAUGACAGUUCUGUCGGAGUUUUAGUGCAAACUGGAAAAUUAGAAAAGGACACAUACUGUAACUAAGUUGAUACUUGCAGAAAGGAGUCUGAUGCAACAUGCGUCUUUUUGAAAGAAAGCUGUUUGUUCAGGGUUUUGCUAAGGAAUGGUGGCUUCUGCUGAGCAUCAAGAGGCAGUUCCUUUAUUUUAAAGAACAGAGUAAAUGUUGCUCACCUGCAAAAUAACAAAAAACUUAUCUUAUUAAAAUGCCUUUGUUGACAUGGAAAAUUUGGACCAUUCCCCUAACGUUCACAUUUGCGGACACAUUUUAGGUUUACGGUUUCUCAUUUGGCAGUGCUUAAAAUAGAAACAGCCUCUGAAAUACAGUUUUUACACCACAGUUUAUUUUAAACUCAAAAUGACAUAAAACUUUGCAACUCUGAGCUUCCAAUGCCUUAGUGGUUAUUUUGCUUACUGGGAAAAAUAUGCAAUUUAAUGUUAUCUGACUGAAGAGAUUUGGCAGAACUGAAUCCAUCCAUCCCCCUCCCCUUCCUGUUCUGUUGCAACAUCCUACCUGUGUAUUUAUACAUCUGUGGGUGCAGGGUGGGCAGGCCAAAAGGUGCAUUUGCAUUUUCCCAUUCACAGGUAACAUUUUGUUGUCUUUCUUGGAUUUGGGGUUGUACUAUAUUUAGUUCUUUAUGUUAAUGGGAUUAAUUUUGAUGAUCUAUCAAACACAAACCAACCUUGGGGCUGUAUAAUGAUUGGUAUCUCCUAUCAACUGUUUGCCUUUAGCUUUUGCUAUAUUUUAUACAUAUUGAAUAAAAAAAAAUAGAUUUUACUCAUAAAAUUAAAAUAUUGCACCAAGUGCAGUUUUUAAUUCAUCUUCAUAAGUUUUUGUUUUGCAUCAUGUACGGAGGAUGAAAAGAGCAUGAGGGCCAAUGUGUUGUUUUUGUUGGCUGGCUGUACAGAUUUGUUUUGCAAAAGUGUAAAGCUUUGCAGUGACAUCAAAUUAUAGACUUCAGCUGUAUUAUGCAGGUCAACUUUUGAGGGAAAUGCACAGGACAUAUAUAUAUAUAUAUAUAUAUAAAUACACACCACUGGACAAUGUGCAUUUGUAUAUUACAUCAGUAAUGGUUAUACAGUUUGUGUGUAACAAUGUCCAUAAAACCUGUCAAGGAAGGAUAU